CCUAUUGGAAGAGUUUAUCGUGAACAUAAGCAAGGUAGGUAGAAACGUAGGUUGCAUUCCGUUUGAAACCAGGAAUAGUGGGGUGUUUCUAAAAAUGCACUUCCAUGACAUGGGUAAAGUGGGAAAAAGUGAGCAGUCUUUUCAAAAACUUGACUAAAAUAGGAAGAAAUUUUGGCAAGUUGUUCACAACUAUGAUUGCACAUUGGCUGCCAUGCAAAAUUGAAGCCAAAGGAGUCAAAGUAGAUACGGACCUUAUUACCAUGGGCUCUUUGAGUUCUGAGUGCAAUACUAUAAAUAACAACUCGAUAUUGACUUCGAAUUUUCGGGGCAGACCACUGCGAGGCGUUCAGUUAGAUUUCCCAGACGGUUAUUCUCCGGUUACCGUUCAUCACAGUGGAGUGGCAUCAGAUGAACUGGAACCAGUUAAGUUUGGAACAAAACUAGAUCAGGUUAUCUUGUGGAAUUUGUCGGCGCCACCAAGUUUCUCAGAUCCAAUACCAUUGUCACUCACGUGGCUUCAUUUGGCUAAUGUUUUACAUUCACAGUCUUAAUGUUUAGUAACAGCACUAUUUUCUGCAGUUUUUUAAACCUUUCCAAUAUUACAUUUAUGUUGUAUUUGAUUGUGUAAAUAUACAAA